CCGGGUUGUCUAAAAGCCUAUUGUGUUUUUGUUACACAACAACAACACAAAUAAGAAUUUUUUUCGCUGUGCACAAACACUGCACAAAACCAUGCAAAUUACCAUUCGAAAGUGGUAAUUUACAUUAGUACACAUGGCGAAUCAGAAAGAUCGCUCGGGUGGGGGUGGCAGUCCGGCCCCUUUGCCCAAGCCACUCUUCAAAGUGAAUGAAAAAGUACUCUGCUAUGAGCCAGAUAUUAAGAAGGCGCAAGUCUUGUAUGAUUCGAAGGUGCUUGAAGUCGUGAGGAAGUUAGAGACAACUGGGGCUUGUUAUGAAUACAAAAUCCAUUUCCAGGGUUGGAAGUGCACAUGGGAUCGCUAUGUCAGAGAAGAAAACGUUUUGAAGAGCACAAAUGAAAACAAAGAGCUGCAGCGACAACUCAGAGAAAGAGUUGAUGUUGAGAAAGCAUUGCAAAAAAAGAAAAAGAAGAAAAUCUCAAUCAAAGAAAAAAUUCAAGCAGUCACUGUAAACGCGUCAAACAUCAAGAAAGAGGGUAAAACUAAAGGGAAGGGAAACAACAAGGGGCAACAUACAACGCCAAUUAUUAAGCAAGAACGGGAUUUGACGGAUUAUGAUAGUUCGGAAGAAGAGGGAGAAUUAGUCAGGCAAUCCGAACAGUUGGUUAUUCCCGAAGAGCUGAAAAAAAUCUUGGAAUACGAUUGGAACAAAGUCAGAAAUCGGACAUGGCUUAUCAAGCUACCUUCUCGAAUUACCGUGAUUGAUCUAUUAGAGGAGUAUAUUCGCUUCUCAGCAAAAGCAGAGUUGCGUUCCUACAUUGCAAAAGUGGAGCACUUGCAGGCACUGAUGACACAACCAAAUGUGGGAUACUUGAAUAAUGUAAUGGAAGUUUUUCCGCCUCCGGUUCGCCAAACUCCAUCGCUGAAUGCUGCAGUAAAUGAUGAACUGAUCAAAACACUGAAGCGGAUCACAUUUAGAAGGAUCGUAGUUCAAGAUGUCCGACUCAUGUUUGACUCACUAUUGUCACAAAUCUUGUUGUUUCAAAACGAAAACGAUCAGUACGAUAACUUUUUGGCUGGGCAUUUUAGUACGCCAGUGGUACCAGUUCCGGAUUUAGUCCCAGAAUUGAUUAUCACCAUUAAAACGGAGCCGAUAGUAGAAGAUGAUCCAGAUGAUUUGAUCAUUCAGAACGUCAUCAAGAGGAACAUGCCACCGCCACCAGUUCCACCAUUAAAACGGAAAACUCGAAGUCUGGGUGGCAAUUCUUCGGAGAAUAAAAGCUCGGAUGUCAAAGCAGGGCCAAGCAGAAAAAGUACUCCACCUUCACUACCAUCUCAAACUAUAUUUGCACCAUCAACAAGUGGUUCUGCAUCUUUUGUGGAUCCUACAACUCCGUUGGUCAAGGCAACUUCACUCCGUUAUAGUAACGAUGUCGGAGAGAUUGAAAUGAUUCCUCUGAGUCAAAUUAAAACUGAACCACUGGAUAAUGACGAGCCUGUCCAAAAGCAAAGAAAGUUUCAUGGUGCUAAGAUUGUGUAUCCGUCAGAGGAGGAUGAUGACAAAAGCAAAAUUCCUAUCCUCCCAGAAUCUCUACUGAUGCGGGCUAGCGCUCCAAUCCCAACUUCUGCAGUAUUUAGCAAGGAAAAAUUUUGUUGUGAGCUGGAGGAUAAAUGCAAAUUUCCUUGGGCAUGUCGUCAUUUGAAUGAAUUUAUGGACGAGUUGUAUCAGUAUCAACUGUUACCUCCAUCUGAAAUGAAUAGUGCAGUCCCAUAUCCAUCGAUGUGCUAUGGAAUGCAACAUUUGUUGCGUCUUUUUGUUAAAAUGCCGGAAGUACUAAGCCGAACUGCAAUCCCACGAAGGAAGAUGGGCAGCAUUGUUGAAGAAAUGAACAGUAUUUUGAGAUAUUUCACAACUAUUCGAGGCAUUGUGACUAGGAAUGAUUGGUACAAGACUGGAGCUGCAACAUAUGAGGAGGAUUACAUUACUGAAAGCAACUGUCACUUGUUUGCUGGGGGCACACCAAGUCGGAAAUUACUUAAAAAGUCCACCAAGGAACACCGAAAAAAGUCAAAGGGCAAACGAGAGAAAGAGAAGCACAAACGAGUCAAAACUGAACCCUCCAGGUUCUCUUCAAAGAGAUGUCUUGCAAAACCUGGAACUGCGACACUGAUUGUGAAUAGGGAUAGGAUGGCAAUGGUUGCAGCCAUGAAGAAACAGCGCUUUUUGACACCCUUUUUGACUGUGAAGAAAGAGCAGGUAGCGACGCCGCCUCCGAUCGUAAAGAAAAAGGAGUCGACUGUGACGUUUGCGAAUUUUGUUACUGUAAAGAAAGAACCAUCAGUUGAAAACAUAAUUCAUCAAGAAUCAGCACCCAUUGCAACCUCGUCAAAGAAACUCCCAAAGUCAGGUGGCGGAGAACUGGUGGAUGAUCAAGACGGAAAGCGGAACUCUCGACGACGACUGUCUGGAAAAGUUGACGACGCUGUUCUCAACAGUGGUGCUACUAUUGUAAUGGGAGUUCGUAAAUCUUUUGGUCGGGAGGAUUUGUCCCGAGAAACAUCAGUGGGGCCGACAACAACUCCGCCCCCAGCACCUGCUGCAACUCCAUCGAGCUCCAAGAACAAGGAAGCUAAGCCGUCAUAUUCUCUUCGACAUCAUAGACCCUCAUACAAGUAAAACAUCUCUUGUACAUCAAACAACAACAACCAAGCACUUAUAAAAUGAACGGACGCAUCUUAAAAUGCCAAAUCCAUCAUUUCAGAACAAAAGUACGAUUAUCUAUUACAUCUUUAUAUUAUCGAUUCGAGAUUUACUUAUAAGUUAUAAGAGAAAAUUACAAGGAUGGUUUUAAUUUUCAAUCAGACUAUUUUUAUAAUUAUAUUCAUAUUAUCAAAAACAAGCUGUAUGAUUAAGUAGUUAGCAAAACUUUUAUUCUCUUGCCCACGUUGCUUUGAAAAGAAGUUUGACUUGUAGUAAAAAGAGUAUAGCUUUUUUGUCUCAAAUCGUAUGAGAAGCCACAAUUGUGGUCUUUAAGCAUUCAGUAGUGUCACUCAAGUGUCAGUAGUUUAAUUGUCGUUUCAAUAUCUUGAUGUUUGAUGUCUGUAGGUUAGAAAUUUGUAACCCCUUCUGCUGCUUUUAUUUAACCUUACAGUUUUUCAAUAUUUACCUUUUUAAUAUGUUAAUCAACAGCUAUGUUUUAAACCUCUACAGUUUUACAUAAUUUCAAGUUGUUAUCCUUUCCUUUACGCGUUUUUAAUUAGUCAAUUUAAUAUUUACUGUUGUAAACUGUUGCAAUCUUGUUUUGAAAAUAUGACACUCGACGUGAUUACGUAAUCUUAAAUAAUUGAACCAUUUUAAUUUCUAUAUGUUUUGAUUUCGUCACCUAAGAAUACUCUUAUUUAUUUAUUUUUUUAUACCCGUUAAAGUUUUAUCCAAAAAUUGCUAAUAGGUUAAUCCUAAUAAAUGUGAUCAAGAUGGUUAGAAUUUAGAAACGUAGUAUUUGUGCAGCACAAGAUGCUAGUAGAGAUGCUUCUUAAUGUACCGGAUCUGUUUAUUCAUCAAAAUUACUUUUCUUAUUUCCAACGAACUGCAUGAGCUACAAUAUUGUGAUCACUAAUAAUACAAACUUAUGUAAUCUCAUUUAGUUGAUCUUCUCCGCCAAAAAUUACGGUUCCGGAAUAUGAUUUUUGAUCAAUAAAUUUUUUACGUGUUGUAACGAUUGAAA